AGCCCCUUUUCUAGCACGAUGGCGCUCUUCCCACGAGGAUGGCUGGGCCUCCUCGUCGUGCUCAGCAUGGGUGUCGCGUGCAUGGCCCAGGACGAGCCCUCCGGGACGCCGUCAGCCGCACCGUCGUCGUCGCCCGUCGCGCCGACGACGGUGCCCGUAGUAUCACCGUCACCAAAGCCGACUGUGGCACCGACCCUCGCGCCGAUCACCGUCGCGCCCACUCAAGCACCGACGCUGGCGCCGACGCCGGUGACACCCAAGCCCGUAGUGACAUUGGCGCCGGAACCGUCGACUGCCGCACCGGCGCCGUCGACCGCAGCGCCCAGCAUCACAACGCCGACCAAGAUCUCUGUCGUGCCCAUCACGAUUCCGCCGAUCAAGACCGUGAGCUCUGCAUCGAGUGCGGCGAGUGAGACGCCGACAACGACCGCCGAGCCCGUCGCGUCGCUAACGAGUUCGACGACCGGCUCUAGCAACACGACCGAGCCGUCGACCAAGAAAAAGGCGUCUGGCUCCGGCUCCGGCGCCAGCACGAGCUCUGAGGGAUUCUUCUCGUCGGGCAACUGGCAAAUGUGGGCGGCCGUCAUCGGCGGACUCGCCGUCGUCGGUGGCAUCGUCGCCGCCGUCGUCAUGAAAGCCAACAGCGGUGGCGACGACGACUACCCCGACCUCGACUCGCCGCCGCCAGCCGCGCCGACGGGCAAACCCGUCUCGCCCGUGCGACCGUUCAAUGCGGCGCCGCCGACCAAGUUUGAGCCCAUGUCCAACCACAACAACAGUAUGUUCGGCAAGCCGCUGCCGCCACCGCAGCAAGCGAGCUUCUACGCCGAGGCACCGCCCACCGACAUUGCACGCAAAGCCAACGCCAUGGGCGGCAACGUUACGUUCACGUACAACGAGCCGCGCGUGAGCACGCUUCCGAUCCUGGAGCGCCGCAACUCGAUGAACCUCACACGCUUCUCGGACGGCUCGGAUGUCAUGCAGAUCGGCGGCAAGUCGCACCGAAGCUCAAGCGCGUCAAGCGCCGGCUGGGUCGACGAGCCGCCGCGCAUGGACGACCGGGAGAGUGAAAACUUUCUGGCGACGUCCGGGGACUCGCGCGUGUCGUAUGCAAGCACAACCUUUGACAUUGACCGCGCCGACUCGGAGGCCAGCAUCGUGCGCUACUCGUCCCAGUACUCGGAGUACUCGAUCGACGACCGCGGCACCGAGGCGGGCGGGGACCGCGACUCGUACGAGCUCUAAGGACGACAUCGAAUUCGCAGAGAAGAAGACAAGGUGUCCAUAGUAUUUAAAAAGCAAGGAAACCGAGCGUAGGUUGUUGAUGAUGAUUAUAAUGAAUGUAGUGGUGUUGCC